GCCUGGUUUUAUCAGAGUGUCCUCACCAGGCUUCAGUUAUUUUGCUCUUUUCUUUAGUCUAUCUGGCCUAAUAUGGCUGAAAGUUCUGAAGAACCAAAGGUCAGUCUGAGACUCUUCAUUGAUGAAGAGAAAAACAAAGUCGUAUUGGCUGAGGCUAGUAAGGCUUUUGUUGACGUGCUCUUCAGCCUUCUGACAUUGCCAAUGGGCACCAUUAUCAGAUUGCUUGAGGAGCAUCGAGAAUCUCAACCAAUUACUGUUGGCUGUUUUAGCAACCUAUAUAGAAGUGUUGCCGAGAUGGGCAUUGACAACUUCAAAACUGAUGUUUGCAAGCAUAUAUUGCUUCAUCCAAGGAGUGUGAGGGAUCUACAGUACAAAAGGCUUAUGCUCAACAUAAACCCUACUGAGGUCAAGCUCUUCAAGUGUCCAAUUUCAUGCAAUUUCUACAGUCAUUUUAGCACUUCUCGAUGCCAAUGUGGAAGUUCGAUGAACAAGGAGUUUCAAGAACCAAGAGUAGUGCCAGUUGCAAGCAGCAUACAAAAUGAUGUUAAUGGAGUAUUCAUCAUAACUGAUGACUUGAAAGUGGCAGUUAGGUCCACUGACGUUGUCUUGAAUGAGCUCAAAUCCCUAGGCUCCGGUGAUAUUAGUAAGCUCCGCGAAAUGCUUGUUUAUAUCGGUUUUGAAGAGGUACUAACUUUGCUGGAAUGUAUGUUCUCCUCAAAAGCUCCCUUGACGAACACUUUCUUGAACAAACAAACCUUCCAAGGUCAAGGUGUGACCAAAGUUUAUGAAACUUUAAGUCCAUGUAUGGAGACAAAUGGAGACACGUUUUUAACUUUGGAUGUGAUAGUAAGGAAGCAGGACAUGGAGAUUUUAUAUGUUGAAUGCGGAGAAGACUUUGUUGACCUCCUUUUCACGUUUCUUGCUGUUCCGCUGGAAUAUGUAGUGGGAAUCUCUGGUAACAGCUGCAGUUUUGUGUGCAUUAGAAACUUGAUUAGAAGCUUCAAAGAUUUGAAUGCUGCAGAAGUCUCAACCUCCAAAUCCGCGAUCCACCAUUUUUAUACAUGUCAGAAGCAGUUGCUCAAUAUCAUCACUGACCAACCUCCGCUCUACCAUCGCUACAACUAUUAUAGCUUGAAAGAGUGUUCGGGCUCGACUCCUUUGAUUUUGAUAGAUCCAGAAGGUAGUGGCUUUGUGAAGAGAGAGACGAAGUUUACUGUAUCGGAUGAUUUGAUUGUUACUGCUAUGAACUCGAGCUCACCUAUUUGCUUGCUUCAGAAGUUUCAGAUUCACGCAGAUGACCUCGAGGUGCAACAAAUAAGUACCAGCAAAACAGAGGCUACGAGUUUGCUGAGAGCUUCCUUGGUAACAUCCUCUGCAUUGAAAACUUCUUUAAGGAACUUGAUUUUGAAGAACCCCGAGGAAGAGAUUUGAAGAAACAGAGAGAGAUUCUUGCAAGGCAAUGAGUCUGAUGAGAGCUUCUUUGUUGACAUCCUCUGCUUUGAAUUCUGCUUUAUGGAACUUGAUUGCGAAGAAGAUCAAGGAUGAGACUUAAAGAAACAGAGAUCCUUAACUAUUUAAGUUCCACAUUGUUCCAUCUUUUCUGUUUUAUCUGAUUUUUCUCUGGUUUCUGUAGACAUUGAACUGAACACAUGUUUUCCAGACAAACUUGGAAUCUUUUUUAUUUCU